GUCAACCAUCACUCCCGAUGGCCCGCCUUUUACCACUGGUGGCCGCCGCGGCCCUCCUGGGCCCGGGCGCCUCCACAAUCAUUUCCCGCCGCCAGUGUGGCGAAGUAGAGGGAGACUUUUAUCAAUUCUCUGCAACAACACUUGGAAGCAAUCAGCUUGUAAACUUCGAGGAGUAUCGAGGCAAAGUGGUGUUGGUAGCCAAUGUGGCCACCUACUGAGGGCUCACCAUCCCCUCAUACAACCAAAUGAAUGCACUGGCGGAGUUCUAUGUAGAUCAGGACUUCGUCAUCCUUGGAUUUCCUUGCAACCAGUUUGGUUUGCAAGAACCAGGGGCGACUGAUGCCGAGAUUAUGAACGGUAUCACAUAUGUUCGUCCCGGAGGUGGCUUUGAGCCCAACAUGACCCUCUUUAAAAAGACUGAAGUCAACGGGGCUGAUGAAGACCCCAUCUACACUUUCCUAAAGAGCGGUUGUGAGUACACCGACACCGACUUCUCGUCAAGCCUCUACUACGAGCCUCUCAGAAUUGGAGACCUCCACUGGAACUUUGAAAAGUUCCUGAUUGACAAGAAUGGGAAGCCAUACACCCGCUACCACCCUUCUGUGGUCACUCCUGAUGCCCUCAAGGAUGAUAUAAAUGCUCUCUUGAGUGCAUAAUGGCGCUAACUACCUGAUAUACUCUAUAGAACCACGCCCACGGUCAUGCCCCAUCCACACGCAGCAACCCGCUUGUGACGACAUCGCCAGAAACCUCGAGUGGGCGAUGUUUGAAAUCAGCAGGAGGGCGAGGGCUGUUGUGCAUUCUGGCCGUAGUUCUCCUGCUUGGGGGUGGCUGACGUGGAUGGGCGAGAGCGCUGGGUGGGGAUCUGAGUGCCAGGGAUAAUUUUCAUAAUAAAGUUAUUACUUUGA